AUGUCCCCCGAGGGUGCCUUGCAGGCAGUGGGGGUGGGGAAUCUCUAUGGGCUGGUCUCGGAUCACCUCUCUAAACAUCCUUCCUCUCUCAUCCCGGCAGAAAGUGUAACAGAGGAGACGGUGUUGAAAAGGGAAAGCAGCAUAGAGCUGGCGCACCCUCCAUCCUCCUCCCACUCUCCAGCUCAGGCCAGACCCCCGGGACCCCCAUUUCUUAUCCCCGCUGUCCCCACGAGGGUCGGUCUUUGGGGAAAGGGCCCCCGGCCAAGCCUGGGGAAAGGAAAUGGGUGGAGCGAGUGUUUUGAAAACAGCUGGCCUGGGGCCAGGCGCUGGUGGGGCGCCUGGCGAGGCUCAGCCCCUUUCUUCGGCUGCUCUCUUCGUGCACCCCUUCCUUCUCCAGCGGGCAUCCGACCUGGUCAGUUCCAAGGGCACAGAGCCACCCCUUACCCCGGAUCUGGGAAGGGGCUGGGGCCUUUCGGAGAGGGUGGGGAGCGGGAUGUGCGAAGCAGGCGGCUGUCCCCACCGCCCAAGGCCCCCGAGACGGCGGCGGAGCCUGUAUCCCCGGCAGAAACUCCCCAACGCGGAUUUGGAGGAGAAGCCUUCCUCCCAGCCCACGCGAGCAAGGGACUCGAGUCAGGGUGCCUCUGGAUGCAAGACUGGUCAAGUCACUGCUGCGAAAUCCCUGGGGCCUCCUCGGCAGCCAGAUUAGGAAAGACCAGUGGCUGGCCCGAGGGAGUGGAGGGGGGGUGGUGGCUUCUGUGGCCACUCGAGGAGGAGGAGGAGGAGGAGGAGGAGGAAGAGGUGUUCAGGAGGGUGCCCCUUCGCGUGUGCCAUCCCCUGCCCGUAGUCUCCGCCCCCCUUCCCAAUCUUCAGACCCUCGUGGACCAGAGCAAAGAGAGGUUUUAG